GCGAAGGGGGUGGGAUGGGUGUGCUCUUUCUGCUGUAUUUUGCGCGUGCCCCUACGAAAAUCACCAAUAUAAAUAUAUAGAUCUUGCUUGGGUACGUGAUAUUAUUCAGCCGCAGUGUGCGAACUAUGAUGCUCGCGGUGGGUUGGCUUUUUGCGCACGUCGUUUGGCUGGCGCACCGAGACAAUAGGUGGUGAGAGAGAGAAUCGCGAGUAACGAUCCACGAAGGGAAAAGAGGGAGAGAGUGAGUGCGAGGAGACAGUAGCAGAGCAGACAUAGAGAGAACGAAUAUCGAAAUUCGAUCACAGGGACGGUGGCGGCAGUGUCGGCGACGGUGGUAACGGAGAAUGGAAGGUGAAUCCUUGCAAGGCCUCGCGGAGGGUCGAGUAAAAUCCAGCCUCUAAGGAGAAGUAGCUCGGCGUCCUCGGCGGGACUCAAAGAGCAGCAAGCCGAUAUCAUCUCUGGUCUGCGCUCGCGUCGGGGAUGUCGCAGCAGCAAGUCUCAGCCGGCUCACUCCUCGCACCGUCCGCGCUCAGUAUCGCCCAAAAGAUCAUCUUAUCAACACCUUGCAGCUCAACAACAAAGGCUACAACAGUCUUGGGAGAUGUCUUACAGCGAUGGUGGAGGCAGUGGUCGUUCUUCACGUAAGGGUAGUAGAUCUCCCAAAAAAUUACGUGUCACCAAGGCUGAUAAUAGUGACAAAAUAGUUACAACUGUUAGUUAUGGUCAUCGUCAUCACCAUCACCAUUAUCAUCGUUCCCUAGAAGCGCAACCAUCUUCGGUGCACAAGAAGAAUCUCUAUAUUGUUUCUUUUCCAUUGAUUUUUUUGUUCAACAUACUCAGAACUGUUAUCUACCAGUUGUAUAUGAUAUUCAAGUAUAUCUAUGCCUCCACCUCACAUUUGAUGCAUAGAAAGCAUUCUACUAGAAAUACCUGUCAGUUAGAGAUAAUAGUUGAUAAAGACAAUAGUAAUCAUAAAAGCGACAGCGAGGAAAUGUCACAAAAUACAAAAAGAACAGGACCUGGUCCUGGAGACCCACUCCUAGCUAAACAGAAGCAUCACCAUAGAAGAGCAUUUGAGUACAUCAGCAAAGCUCUUAAAAUUGACGAGGAAAAUGAAGGACAUAAAGAAAUGGCCAUUGAACUUUAUAAGAAAGGAAUUAAUGAGUUGGAGAAAGGCAUAGCAGUGGAGUGCAAUGGAGGUCGAGGUGAGGUUUGGGAACGAGCUCAAAGACUCAACGAUAAGAUGAAGACUAAUUUGGCAAUGGCCAGGGACAGACUUGAUUUUCUCACAAGUGUGUGUGAGCUGAAAAAUCUGGAAAUAGCGGGAAAUAACGAGGUAGUAUCGAGUAAAAAGCAUUGCAAUGACGAGCAGCAGGAGCAAGAGCAACAAGGCCACAAAAUUCUUAGACAUCGGCGUAAUAAUACGCAAAAAAGUGUCAUGAUUAGCUCUCAGCAGCCAAUUACCGAUGCGAAUAAUACUCAAAAACACAAAAACAAUGCACAAACUAUGAGCACCUUACCGAGUACGUAUAAGCAGCUUUCCAGGCCCGGUAUGCAGUAUUCGCGUACUAAUACUGCCGCUACUUCAGCUACUGCUGCUGCUACUACCACUACUAUUAAGACAACUAAGACUAUCGCUAAGAUUAAUCCAGCUCGCACAACCGAAGCAUCGGGUAGGAAGUUUCCAAUACCCGGAAGACGUGUGACAGGUGCAGUCACAAACAAAAGUCAGACUUUGCCGCGAAACAUGGGUCGUUCACAGCCAGUUUUACCGUGUCAUCGAGCUUCCCUCGCCAAACCUUCAUUAACACCACCCUCAGUGAAGAGGCAAUUGUCGGUGCCAGGCAGUGAGUCGCCAAUGCGUCGACGACCCACAACUCCGAAUAACAAUAACAUCAACGGCGCUACCGGAAGCAUGACCAACAGUAAUAAAGGAACUCCCGUCCGCAAGUUGAUACAGCUUAGGGGAGUUGAGCCUAAACUUGCUCAGCUCAUCAUGGACGAGAUCAUGGAAGGCGGUGCACCCGUGUACUGGGAAGACAUUGCUGGACAAGAGACUGCUAAGCAGGCCUUACAGGAAAUGGUGAUAUUGCCAGCUCUUCGCCCAGAGCUGUUCACGGGUUUGAGAACACCGGCAAGAGGAUUGUUAUUGUUUGGACCACCGGGUAACGGUAAAACACUGCUCGCACGAGCCGUUGCUACUCAGUGCCAUGCCACCUUCUUCUCCAUAUCAGCUGCUAGUCUAACGUCUAAAUACGUGGGUGAGGGAGAGAAACUCGUGAGAGCUUUAUUCGCGAUUGCUCGAGAGCUCCAGCCGUCGGUUAUUUUUAUCGACGAGGUCGAUUCUUUGCUGAGCGAACGCAAAGAUAAUGAGCAUGAGGCUUCGAGGAGAUUGAAAACAGAGUUUUUAGUAGAAUUUGACGGUCUUCCGAGUAAUCCUGAUGAAAGAGUAUUGGUGAUGGCUGCUACAAAUCGUCCGCAAGAACUUGAUGAGGCGGCAUUGAGGCGAUUUUCUAAGAGAGUUUAUGUUAUGUUACCGGAUUAUCAGACAAGAGUUACUUUGUUGAAACGUUUACUGGCUAAACACAAUGAUCCUUUGACUGACGAAGAAUUAAAUCAGAUGUCAGUAUUGACAGAAGGCUAUUCUGGAAGUGAUUUGACUGGAUUAGCCAAGGAUGCGGCUUUAGGCCCUAUCAGAGAACUUAAUAUGGAGCAAGUGAAAGAUUUAUCUUUGAACGCAGUACGCAACAUAACGCUGCAAGAUUUUAUCGAUUCGCUAAAAAGAAUACGUAAAUCUGUGUCUCCAGGGAGCUUAGCUGGCUAUGAGAAAUGGAGUCUCGAGUAUGGAGAUGUAAGUCUUUGAUUGAGAUCCUUGCGUGAAUAUGUAAGCAAGUUAGUUUCCGCGUAGCGUGCACAAUUUUAAAACCUUUAGGAAUAAUCCACUUAUUGUAACUACUUGGGAUACCAUAAAUAUUUCAAAACUCCGAAGGUAUAUUUCUUUGCCUACAUAUUUUUCAGAAGAGAUAAAAAUCACGCGCAAGUAGAAACACGUUAAAAUUAAAAUAAAAAGUAAGAAAAUAAGUUGCAGUGCUAAUAAAUAAAUUUUGAUCUUGAAGACUCAACAAGCACUUUGAACUACCACAUCGCGAAACUUACAAAAUGCAACCUUGCACGUCCGCUGGAGAUAAUAAACAAUAACCGUUAAAUAUGCUGUCAUUAAAAUAGACUAGACAUUUUGUAGAAUGUUGGGGAAAAAUUUUCUAAAUAGGACUUAGAGAAAACGAGUUUUUGUUUUUUUUUGUAAGGCAAGGCAUGAGAAACCAGAAAAUUAUAAUUAGUUACCAUUAAUAAAAGCAGGCUUAUCAGAUUCGAUGCACGGUUCUACAAAACAACGAAACGAAUGAUAUGAAUGGUUUCCUAUUACGCGGUUAAAAAACAAAGGACGCAAUCAAUUGCAAGGUAUUUUUUAUUCAAUAUAUAUAUAUUGUAAAUCGUUGUUAUGAUAAUCAAAUGCGAUAGCGAAUAAUUGGAUUUCAUAGUACGAAAUUUGCAAGUACUAUGAGGCCCCAUCGCAAUUGAUAGAGCGUGUACUUACCAUAAAUGCAUCUGAUCAACAGAUGCAUUUUUUAAUUACUCUACAACUAUAACUUUAAUAACUAGUCUUUAUUGGUCUCAAUACUGGUCAUCUUUCCUUGCUUUGAGCAAUACAUUUAUCUACUCAUAUUUACAUGAAAUCCCUACAUUGUUAUUUCUAAAUUUAUAAAUUGAAAUAGAAUUGGAUCAAUUUUAUUUUAAAUGCUGUUAUAAAAUAAAUUUUGAUAAUUAAAAAUAAGCUUAGACACAAGGAAAGAUGUUAGAUUUCGAUUAGCAUACAUUUAGAAUAUUUUAAUCUUACAUUCCGAAAUAAUUAAAGUUGGUUAACAAGUAUAUUAUAUUAUUGUUGGUAUUUAUUAAUUUAUUUGUACAGAUUAGAGAUUCAACUUUAUUCGUAGAAGCAAAUAAGUAUUUGCCAAACUGCGGUGCAUAUUUCAAGUUGCCAUAAUCUUUUUUCACCGUAAGAUUUACUCACGGAAAAAAAAAUUUUUAAUAUGACGGUAAUAAUUGAUCUUACGAAGCGAGAUAAUUUUGCAUGUUCUUAUCAUUUGUGAGGAAGAAAGCCAACUUUUUCGUCGUGUUUCGAAAAAGAAUACGAGUUUUACAGUACUCAGUGUAGUUUGUAAGCAUCGUGAUGUCUACUCAGCGCAUGUGAUAAGGGCGUGAUAAAUGUAAAAAAUUUGAUGAUGUCACUUUAUUUGGUAAUGAGAAAGUCAGGAAAUCGUCUGUUUUUAUGUUAAAAAAUUACAAAGUUACCGUGCUUCGCCUAUUACAGACUUCUGGGAACUGUUAAUUAAGCCUCUAAAGUUAAAGGAAAAGCGAAACAAAAAUCAAGUACAAAAGACAUGGAAGGAUAAAGUAUUAAUACAUUUUCAAAUGUGUUAAUGUGGUAUGCAAAAAAAUUGUGUUAAUGAUCUCAUUCCGAGCAAUUAGAUAUUCUUUCUUGUUCUUUUUUUAUUUAACGGUGCAAUCACUUGCACUGUGACUGCUAUAUUUUUUUGUAAUUUUAUAUUGCGUAUUUCAAUAAGAUCAUAUGAGAAAGAUAAUUAAUGUACUUUUGGAAAAUAAAAAAGUGCGCAUAUACAAAUUUUUAUACGUACAGGGUACGAACAUGACAGAACAAAUAAUCAUCUCAAUAGAGCGCAGUUCACGUUGUGCAAAGCAAAAAAUAUCUCAUUGAUCUACGAAACUUUUAGCAAAGCAACGUGUGUAAUGCAAAGACGCACCUUUGGUGCUGUCCAGCCUUCCAUACACAUAAUGGUUCUGCCUUGAUCUAAUUAUUUUGCUACUUUUAUAAUUCAUAGCAAUAAUAAUUAUAAAAUAAUGCGCAAAAGAAUCAUGUUUAAAGGUGAGCAAAAUUGUGUGAGGCAAAAUAGUCUGUUGUGAACUUCCUUUGCGUAUUUUGUGAUGAAGUCGAUCGAAUAUUCGUAUCUCUGUUGUUUGUAUUAAGUCGGUAUGACAACAAAUAUCCAAAACGACAUUCAACCUGUUCUUUGUAAAAUUAUGUAUUAUGUAAUAAGAUCAAACUGAUAAUUAUUGUAUCUGUUCCUAUGAUUGAUAAAGUAUGUUCCAACGUUGUAUUUGUGACAGUUGUUUAAAGUCAAGUAAAGAUUUUCUCGAAGGUGUUGCCGGAAAAAGUGUCUUAUUAUAUUUUAUCUAAUUUAUAUAGUGAUAAUUUAUAUUAUGUUCAUAUCAUUAAUUAAUGCUCACAGAUGAAAAUGGGAGAAAAUAUUCUUUUUUUAAAUGACUAACUACUUGUGGAUUUGCUUAAGCCAUAUGAAAUGUAACAAAUUGUUUAAUUGGAUUGCUCGAUACGUAAGUUGUAUAUACAUAGAUAAACUGAUCCGAAAAAUCGACUGUUUAUCUUUU